AUGUGUAUCGAGCUGGACUGGUCCAACACAAAGGAUGUCAUGGAGCUGUUGUCAGAGAGGACACGUUUCAGCGUGGACAACAGGAUGCUCGGGACGGCUGCUUGUUUGGUGCUUGUUUUAUCAGCUAUGUGUGCAGGUGAGGGUAUCUUACCUCCAGGACCCCUGAGCGGAGCUGUGGCAGGCACAGUGAAGUUCACCACCACCCUCAGACCUCCUGCGAGUCCAUUCCUCUCAGUCAGCUGGAGCUUCAAAGGGGUGAACAUCAUCACCUCCACCAGCACUGAUAUCAUCGAGCCCGGGCAUGCCAACAGGAUCACACUGGACCGAGCCACGGGGUCCCUGGAGCUCAGGAACCUGCUGCCCGAGGACAGCGGGGAGUACACCGUCACCAUCAUACCAGACGGAGGGCUGCAGAAACAGGGGAGGACCAGACUGGAUGUGUAUGCACUAAUAACCGGAGCCACCAUCCGCAGCCCUGCAGCCAUCUUGAUAGAAGACAGAAGCUCCACCAACCUGAGCUGCGAGGCCUCCGGCUCCAUCAGCACCAGAGUGUGGACGAAGGAUGGCCGUCCGCUUUAUCCGAAUGACAGAGUCAGCUUCUCCAUGGACAACAGGACGGUCUUCAUGCAGCCUGUUCACAGCUCCAACCACGGCACCUACCAGUGUCGACUCAGCAACCCAGUCAGCACCAUGACCGCGACCCACGAUCUCACUGUCAACUUUGGACCACAUAACAUAUCAAUUAUUGGACCAUCAGCAGCAGCACCCGGCCGCAGAGUCACCCUGCAGUGCACAGCGGACUCUGUCCCUCCAGCAAACUUCAGCUGGACGUUCAACAGCAAUGAGACACAUGUUAACACCUCCAUGUUUGUCAUAGAGAGGCUGGGGACAGAGAGCAUUGGCAAUUACACCUGCACUGCCAGAAACAUGGUGACCAUGCUGGAAAACUCCACAGUUCUGAAUCUGAGAGCAUCCUGCACUGCUCCCGGCUGGUCGUUUUCACUGCUGCUGAUCAGUGCGCUGACUCUGAGAGGGUUACUGUGACAUGAAGAGGCAGAUUCUUCCUUCCGAUGUGUUUGCUUAUGACAGAG